AUGGAGCAAGGACAACAAGGCUACCCACCGGAACUCAUUCGCCGCAGUACCAUUGAAUCGUACGUCGACGACCCAGAUGAGGAUGAAGACCAUGGCGUGACACGGCACUCUUCACUCUCCCUCUUCCAUUCCGGGUAUAGGGAAGAGCCAUAUUGGGAGCGUCAAUUACAAAACAUACUCCCGGCGCCAGCUCGUGUGCCCUCGAGGAAAUACAACGUACCAAGUCGGCAGGCAACGUUACUACAAACAACUGCAACUGAGCCCCCGAAGGACAUCAACCUGGUGACAUGGGACGACAAAGACGAUCCCCUCAAUCCUCACAAUUGGCCGGCUCAUCGGCGAUGGACGUCGACCGUACUGAUUGCGCUCUUUGCCUUCAUCGCUCCAAUGGCGUCGACGAUGGUGGCACCGGCGCUAGAAGUGAUCUCUGACGACUUUAACAUCGAAUCUGACAUCGAGGAGUUUCUCGUGAUGUCCAUAUUUCUGCUGGCUUUCGCGAUAGGGCCAUUCCUUUGGGGUCCAUUGUCUGAAGUCUUCGGUCGUGUGAGAGUCAUGCAAGGUGCCAAUAUGAUCUUCCUCAUCUUCAACACUGCUUGCGGGUUCGCGAAGAAUAAGCACCAGAUGAUGGCUUUUCGCUUCUUGAGCGGUAUUGGUGGCAGUGCUCCACAAGCAAUUGGUGGUGGUAUCUUAAGCGACUGCUUCAAGGCCGGAGAACGGGGCCUGGCCACUGCAAUCUACAGCCUCAUGCCCUUCCUCUCCCCGGCCACAGCACCCAUUAUGGGCGGUUACAUGACUCAAUACAUCACCUGGCGUUGGGUGUUCUGGGCAACAAGCAUCUUCGAUCUUGCAGUGCAGCUUAAAAUCCUCAUGAAAGCUCUCAUCCGACCCUUCAUCAUGCUCACAACUCAACCCGCGCUACAAGCCAUGGCCCUCUUCAGAGGCUAUCAAUACGGCCUAAUGUACCUCGUCUUCGCCACCUUCCCCAUGGUCUUCGAAGAAGCCUACGACAUGGAAGUCGGCCGCGCCAGCCUAAACUACCUCUCCCUCGGAAUAGGCUUCAUCGUCGGCCUCCAAAUCUCCGGCCUCAUGCAAGACAAAAUCUACACCUGGUGCAAAGUCCACGAAGUCGACCCUUCCUCCCUGCGAAACACCCUGCAAUCCUGGAAAACCUUCCGCAAAGGCAACGACGCCACCACCGGCCGCGAUAGCCUCCUCCCCCUCUCCACCACCCCCCACUCCCCACACACCAUCCCCCGCAAACCCGUCCCCCCACGAACCACCCCAGGCGGCCUCCCCCGCCGCACCACCACCACCCUCGACGACACCAAAUCCCUCCCCGAAUACCGCCUCCCCCUCGUCCUCCCCUUCUCCCUCCUCAUCCCCCUCGGCAUCUUCAUCUACGGCUGGUCAGCGCAAACCCGCACGCACUGGAUCGUGCCCAACAUCGGCUGCGCGAUCCUCGCCGUCGGCCUGAUCGUCUGCUUCAACUGCGCGCAGGGCUACGUCGUCGAUACGUACACGACGUACGCGGCGAGCGCGACGGGCGCGGCGGCGUUUGUGCGCACCAUGUGUGGAUUUUCGUUUCCGUUGUUUGCGCCGGGCAUGUAUGAGAAACUGGGCGUUGGGUGGGGGAAUAGUUUGUUGGGGUUUGUGAGUUUGUCGUUGGGGAUGGUGGCGCCGGUGCUGCUGUGGAGGUAUGGGCCGUGGUUGAGGGGGAGGAAUACGUAUUGUGUUGGGUGA